UAUUUAAGAUGGCAGCAUGUUGUGGUCAAGAUGCAGAGGAAAGAGUUUCAGAUGAAAACUGUACUCUACAUUCACAGUUUUGGCUUACUCCGCUUAAUCAGAUUAAUGUAAAAAAUGUCAGCCCGACAACCGUGAUGUCUAGUAGUAAUAGUAAAAACCAAGAACUCAGUGAAAAGUCCAAAAAAGAAACGGAUGCUGCUUUAGCUGAAUUACCAGAAGAUGAAUUGCAAAAACUUCUAGAAGAAGCAGUCACUUUCAAUAGGCCCAGUAGUGAAGAUAGUUACUUGCUCCAGAAGUUAAAAGAAGAACAUGCUGAACUUUGUAAGGAUGUCAAUCAACACACAACACUUAAAGCAGAUGUUUCAGGUGCAUGCCGGAACCGACGGUCACGGAACUGUGUUAGUAGGACAUCUUCCAAGAAUAGAAGUGCGUGUAUGAGUGAGUUCUUCUCUUGUGACCCUGGCAUCUGGGAAGAUGUUGCCAAACAAAGUGAGACUUUUGUUCGAAAGAGAACUGGGAUGUUGGGACGAAGCAGAGAGGACUGCAUAGUAAAAGGUCUCGUUACAGUAGGGUCAAAACAACUUAAGUCUCAGUCUUCUGUAGAUUUAACUGCUACCAAAUCUUAUGAUCCAUUUGAUAUGAUGUGGUCAUCGGGGAAAGGGAGGAGAAGUAAAGGUCUUAGGGUUGAGCGUGCCAAGUCUCUGUCGGACUCUCCAUCAGAGGUUAAGUUUCUUAAAGACAGUUCUUUUCCAGUUAAUAGGACAAGUGAUUUAUCAUUUGAAAUGAUUUCGUCCAGCCUAGACACAAAAUCUAAGUUGGACAGUUCCAAAAACUUGGAUAAAAAGUCUGUUCAUAUUCCUUCCACUCAAAGUGAUCUUUCUAGUCCUGAACUUGGUGGAUUGUUUAACCAUCUAGAUAGCUCUGCGUUAAUUGAGAACCAGGAAGAAACUGAAGAUAUAACAGAUCUUUUCACCCAGGUUAACUCUUCAGUCUUUCGACAAGAGCUUAGAAACAGCAAUCAUACACAAGAAUUUGAACUGAAGGAAAUAAAGAAGAGUGUGGAAGAAACAGUAAAUGAAGAAACUCCACUGCUUAAAUCAUCUCUUUCAUCUUGUGAUAAUCACUAUACUAGAUGUAAAAAUGAUGAUGAUGCAGAUGAUAGUUGCUCUGGUAGAGUAGAAGUUGACGAUAACACAGCAAUGCCUCGUAAGCUGUUAGACAGUAAUGUCGAACCUUCAGAGAAGAAUGCAGACAGGAAAAUCCACCUAGAAGCAAGUUAUGGUAGACCCCAGAUCGGAGGAAACAUCAUGAACAUAGGGAUAAGAUCUUCUUAUUCUAUUCUGGAUGAAGGUCUGUAUUUGAGUGACCAGUCAGUAAAUAAAACCCAGAAGAAGAAAAAGAAAGGGGGGUCAGAAGAAAGUAGAAUUUUAUCAUCUGUAGAUGCUAACGGAAACAAGUCGGAAACUACGGAAUUAUUUUCAUCCGAAGCUCAUCAUUUGAAAAAUGAUAGAAUGGGAGGAAAAUAUUGA